UAGGAUUCAAAGGCAUCAUACAGAAAUUGUUGGAAGUGUCAGUGCAAAAGGCAGUCAAAUCCAAGUCUCAAUGACAAGCCCUGGUGUCUAACACCAAGAAUGAUCCAAAAACAUCCAAAAGUCAACAUGGGAAGCACCGCCGCGCGAACAUACCUGGCUUUUCACCACAAUGCCAAGCUCUACAAGCUGUCAGCUGUGGUCUCGGCGAUAACGCCCUUUCCCGCCCUGGAAGAAACCAACAAGCUUCUCUUCAAGAAAGGCACAGACAAUGACUUCGCCAUCGUGACCGACCAGACCAUCUUUCACCCCCAGGGAGGCGGCCAACCCUCGGAUGAAGGCGUCAUGACCAUGGGUGAUGUUAGUGUCUUCCGUGUGAGCAUGGUCCGCAUGGACGCCGUGAAGGACGGGCAAGUCCUCCACUUUGGCCGCUUCGACUCUUCCUCUUCCAGCAUAUUCCAAUUGGGCGACACAGUCGAACAAUCCAUUGACGUGGAAAAGCGCCUCUUGUACUCACGCCUGCACACCGCGGGCCACGUCCUCGGCGCGGCGGUUCGGCACUUGCUCGAAAAGGAAAUCCCCGGAUUCGACGAGCUGAAGGCGUCGCACUUCCCCGACUCGGCGGCGUGCGAGUUCCAGGGCUCCAUCGAGGGAAGGUGGAAGGAGCCGAUCCAGCAGAAGGUGGAUGAGUACAUUGACAAGGCGAUGCCGGUCGAGGUGGAUUUCUGGGACGAGGAGGAUUUCAGGAAGAACGGGCUGGAGAGGCUGAUUCCCGAUCGGAGCUUGGCGCCGCCGGGGGAGAAGUUUAGGGUGGUCAAGAUUGUGGGCGCCGAGGUGUAUCCGUGCGGUGGGACGCAUGUUGAUACCACGGAUUUGUGUGGUAAGACGACGGUGAAGAAGAUUUCGAGGAGUAAGGGGACUUCGAGGGUGUCUUAUGCUGUGAACUGAAGGGGGUCCUAUCUAGGUCGUCUGUCAUCUUGAGGAGUUGGUACCAAGUCUACCAACAAACACAUGUUUUUGCCAGUGGUUUCCAGGUGCAGCGUCCUUUCACGAUAACAGUCUUGUUUCAAUCUCGCAGAUAGGAAGUAAGUUCACAGGCAAGGGCUAAUUGACUAGAGUUGUAACCAUGGAGUGCAAAGGGUCAAGGCGAAGAGUUUCUUUGGUUAUGAAAUGUUGUGGUUUCAACUUGCAUUGGGCGGGCGGUUAGUGGAAUGUGGGUCAUGCUCUACAAGUAAUGGACAUCUUACACCCACAAUACUGGAAAAUAAUGUAGAAAUGUCGCGACAUCAAUCAACAACUCGGUGAUGGGAAAGAACCACUAAAAG